CGCGGAUAUCACCACGUAGGCAGAGGUAGGUUGCCAGUCUUUCCUUUGCAAACUACUGACUCGCAGGAACUCCUACCUGCGACCGACUUCGGCAAUGGCCCAAACCUCGCCCAGCGAAAACACGUCUCCCGUUGAUCCUCUGGGCAUGAGACGGUCAACGGGUUACAUGCCUGUCGAGAACUAUGGGCUCAUUGGCAAUAUGCACACUGCGGCUCUCGUUGCUACUGAUGGAGGGCUCGACUUCAUGUGCUGGCCGAACUUCGACUCGCCCAGCGUUUUUUGUCGCAUGCUCGACAAGGAUAAGGGUGGCCAUUUUACGAUUUCGCCUGUUCCACUUACUGGUACCAAGAACGGAGGUUUGACGACAAAACAGCAGUAUCUUCCGAGCAGUAACAUCUUGGCGACCAGUUAUCUGAACGAUGAUGGCGUGAUGAGGAGUAUUGAUUUCUUCCCACGACCUAAGUAUACGAAAGACACGGAUGGUGAGCCACAGCAGCUGAAGAAGUGGCUUGUGAGGAGAGUUGAAUGUGUCCGUGGCGAAAUUGAGUUUGUGGUGAGAGUACUACCUGCUUUCAACUACGCUCGCGACCGACAUGUCGUUGAGUUCAAUGAACAUCACAAGGAAGGAGAAUCCGGAGUCUGUACCUUCAGGAGCGAUACUCUGGCACUGGACUUCUACGUCACGGAAGACUUGCCCGACGACGAUGGACAAAGACCACAAAUACGAUUUGAGACAGCGCCCGGGCAUGGGCUGGGCCGUGCGAUUGAGGCCAGAGUGCGGAUGCAGGAAGGGCAGAGUUGUUCUUUCGUGCUUCGCGAUCAUGACCCGGAGACUGAACUCUGGGCACCCGAAAAGGCGAUUACUUCGCCUCUGAUUGACCGACUUCAACGAGAUACGAAAGAUUAUUGGUAUAACUGGAUGUCGCAGUCAUGCUACAAAGGUCGAUGGCAAGAAGCUGUACAGCGCAGCUUGCUGACGUUGAAAUUGCUGACACAUGAACCAACGGGUGCUAUCAUCGCGUCACCGACUUUCUCGUUGCCAGAGGCUUUUGGAGGCAGUCGAAACUGGGACUACCGCUUCUCAUGGGUUCGUGACAGCAGCUUCACUAUCUACAUCUUCUUGCGAAUGGGCUUCCGGCAAGAAGCAGAAGCUUAUAUGGAGUUCAUCCGCAAGCGACUCAUGCACUCCCGGCUGCCGAGCGGCGCGCUGCCAAUCAUGUUCGACAUACACGGCGACACAGAUCUGCCUGAGAUCGAACUCGACCAUCUCGAAGGCUAUCGACAAAGUGCGCCAGUGCGAAUAGGUAAUGGAGCUGCGAACCACAAACAGCUCGACAUCUACGGCGAGCUCACAGACGCCGUCUACCUGUACAACAAAUACGGCAAACCCAUUUCCUACGAUGCAUGGCUCUCCGUCCGCGAAAUGACCGACUUCGUCUGCGGCGUCUGGAAAGAAAAAGACAUGUCAAUCUGGGAAGUCCGCGGCGAAAUUCAAAAUUUCGUCUACUCCAAAAUCAUGCUCUGGGUCGCCAUCGACCGCGCUUUACGUCUAGCCGACAAACGAAACUUCCCUUGCCCGAAUCGCUGGACAUGGCUCGCCACUCGUGAUCAAAUCAUGGAAGACGUGAUGGAGAAAGGCUACAGCAAAGAACUCGAAAGUUUUGUCCAAAGUUACGAACACCCCGAAGCAAUCGACAGUGCAGUCCUCAUCGCCCCUUUAGUCUUCUUCGUUGCACCCAACGAUCCCCGCUUCACCAAAACCCUCGAUCGUAUCCUCCUCCCACCCGAACGAGGAGGUCUCACGAGUAACGGCCAAGUCUAUCGCUAUAAUCUGAAAGCCAGCAACGACGGCUUAUCCGGUGACGAAGGCGCUUUCAGUAUGUGUACGUUCUGGCUUGUUGAAGCUCUGACGCGUGCGGGAGCGUAUGAGCCGAAGUAUUUGGAGAAAGCUGUGAGUUUGUUUGAGAAUACUUUGGGUUUUGCGAAUCAUUUGAAUAUGUUCAGCGAGGAGAUUAGUAAGAGUGGGGAGCAGUUGGGGAAUACGCCGCAGGCUUUUAGUCAUUUGGCACUGGUUAGUGCGGCGUUUAAUUUGAGUCGUGUUACGGGGAGGGGUUGAGGAGGAUUGGAAGUACUGUAUGCGGAAUAGUGCAGGUUGGUAGGACAACAGGGAACGCCCGGAUGCCUGUAGGCCUGCUCGAGGGCAUCAUCUGCGGAAAGUAUGUGCUUCGUUACUGAGCCGUCA